AUGCCAAAUUAUCCGCAAGAGCGGAUCACUGAAUCAAGAACGUUUGGACGAAUUGGCCUCGGAUAUUUGGGGCCGAUUACUGUGAAGAUACAAUUGGAAAAAGCAAAGCGAUGGAUCGCCUUGUUCACAUGCUUCACCACCAGAGCGGUACAUUUGGAAAUAGUGGACGAUCUAUCAGCGGAAAGUUUCCUAACUGCAUUAAGAAGAUUUGUUGCGCGACGCGGCUAUCCCGAACUCAUUCUUUCGGACAACGCCACCCAAUUUCAGGCAGUUUUUCAAGCCAUAAAAACGCAAGAAUCACAACUCUCUAAUUUCCUUGCUGAGAAAGGAAUCAAAUGUAAGACUAUAACACCGAGAGCACCAUGGAGCGGCGGAAUCUACGAAAGAUUAAUCGGCCUAACAAAAAGGAGUUUAAGAAGAGCUAUCGGUAGACGACUGCUUAAGGAAGGGGAACUAAUCACACUGAUUAUCGAAGUGGAAAGCAUUCUUAAUACUCGCCCCUUAACUUACGUAAAUUUCGACGACUUAAUUAUUUUGCGACCAAUAGACUUCAUCAUUCCCAAUGCUUCUUUGUCUAUACUGAAUAGCAAUAACGACAGAGAAGACGAAUUCUCACCUUAUAGUCUAACCACACAAGAAAGGUUACUUCAACACUGGUCGAAUACCCUAGAAACAUUGAAAACAUUUUGGGAGAUAUGGAAAGACGAAUACUUGAAUAGCUUAAAGGAUCGAUACCAAUUAGAACAUAAAUCUCCAAGAAAUGUAGAAAAGAGACGGCCGAUAGAAGGAGAAGUGGUACUGUUAGAUGAGCCUCAUGCACCACGUGGUACAUGGAAACUAGCAAGGAUAAAGAAAUUAAACGUAGCCAAUGAUGGGUACGUCAGGAGCGCUCAGAUCGAAACAUCGUCAGGAAAACUUCUAAAUCGACCUGUAAGCACGUUGUAUCCACUUGAAGUUACUCCAGAAGAACAAUCUACUCCGAAGAACCCCGCGAACCCAUCAGAGAGAGCAGAACCAAUUAUCCAAAACCGAAACACCACAACUGACACGAAGAUUUCGAGUGAAAGUGGUGAGGAGCAACCUAUUGCUCAUCGAACACGGAGCUAG